AUGUCUUUCGGCUCUUAUAUUGUUUCAGGUGUUAGCUCUUUCGUGGUUGUGACCGUCUCCCUCUUCGCAAUCGGCCAAAAAGUGCCUCGUGCCGCUUUCGCCGCCCGGUGUCUCGCCUCAUAUGGCAGUCUCCUAAUUAGUGCCGCGUACGGCGUGAUCGUCUCGAUCUGUCUGCGGCUAGUUGGAUACGGCCGUGUUUCACAGUGGGCAACAGGCCGCAGCUUUAAGUGGCUGAUGCGAUUCACAACUGGCGUCAAGUUCGAGGUUGUCGAAGGCGCAGAAUACCUCUCCACACGUCCGGCCGUCUUCGUUGGUAACCACCAGACUGAGCUCGACGUGUUGAUGCUUGGCUGCGUCUUCCCCCCAUACUGCAGUGUGACUGCCAAGAAGUCACUGCGGAAUAUUCCUUUCCUGGGCUGGUUCAUGUCACUUUCCCGGACAGUGUUCAUUGACCGUGCCAACCGGGAGACAGCCCUCAAGGCUUUCGACGGCGCCGCCGCCGAGAUGCGCGAUCACCGCCAGAGUGUCUUUAUUUUCGCCGAGGGCACCCGGAGUUACUCUGAUGAGCCUACCCUACUGCCCUUCAAGAAGGGUGCUUUCCAUCUCGCUGUCAAGGCCGGUGUGCCGAUCGUGCCGAUUGUGACAGAGAACUAUUCGCACGUUCUGUCGCCUCGUGCCUGGCGAUUCAACGCUGGGACUAUCAAAAUCAAAGUUUUGCCUCCCAUCCCGACUAAGGAUUUGACAUCGGGCGACGUGGAUAACUUGACCCAGUCGACCCGGGAUUCGAUGCUCAAAACUCUUGCAGCGAUAUCCCAUGCGCAGAAGAACGAGAUCGAUGGUGCUCGCACCAACGGCGUCUCCAGCGCCAUUCAAAUCUAA